CAUUUGAAAAUGAGACUGAAUCCGAAGAAUGUUCUGGACACCUACUUGUAUGCCGAAAACUACGGGGAUACCCAAAUGUUGUACGAAUGUCUCAAGUUGAUCGAUCGAAACGCCCAAAGCAUCUUGAACUCGUCCAAGUGCUCGACUCUUCCCUUGUCCAUCUUCAAGGGCAUCUUGAGCCGGAACACUUUGGCGGCCAAAGAGGUCGAAGUCUUCGAAAGCGUGAUCCGAUGGAGUCAAGCGGAAAUCAAACGCCGCCUAGAUGACGAAGAUGAGGGAGAGGUGCCGAGUUUGAGCGAGCUCUUCAAGGAGUUUCAACCCUUUAUGCGAUUCCAUGGCUUCACCAGUCAGGAGUUUGUCCACACAGUCUUGCCUUACGGUGUGUUGGACAUUGAGGCCAUCAGCAAGAUUUCGGCUAAGAUUCGUCACAAAGAAGAACCCGAGACGUUUCGCGAGAGUGAAAACACCCUUCUCUCUCCGGAGCCUCGAACUGGUCUCAAUCAGGCCAGGGAUCUCCUCUUCGAGAACGAUGAGGCCUCAAAUACUCUUCGCAACGCGAGAGUCCACACCCAGAAUAUCAAAGAUCAAAACCCAGUUCAGAGCAUGACACGAAUGGGACCGGGUUAUUAUCAAUGUGCCCGAUUCAACCCGGAUGAGGCCUUCAGUAUUGUGAACAAGUGGCCGGAUUCGUAUGUACUGAAGUUUCGAGCGGAUAGGAACAUUUAUCUCUUGGGGGCGUGCAUCACAGAAAAUGAUCGGCAGUUCUACAAGCCCAGCUUUCAUUUCAUCCUCAAGUUGAAGGACGUGAGCAAUGGACGAGUCAUAUCGGAAGGAACGGAGACAUUCAUGCGAAAGCCGUCGAGGAAUUUUGAAA